UGAAGGAAUGAGGACUGGUUUUAUUAUUCAUUCCUUGAUUUUAUUUCUAGUUUUUGGGGAACAUGCAUCAUUUCCGGCGCCGGCAAAGUUUAACGUUGGAAUGAUUGUGGACAAGGAAUCGGAGAUGGGGAAGACUGUUGGGAGCUGUGUUAAAAUGGCGGUCUCGGAUUUUUACGAAUUGAAUAUUAAGGGUGUUUAUGGAGCAAGUAUUCAUCUUCACACUCGGGAUUCCAAAGGCGACCCAUCAAUUGCUCUUUCUGCUGCUCAGGACCUUCUGGAAAAUGUUAAGGUGCAAGCAAUAAUGGUGCCGGAGAUGUUUAGUGAAUCAGCAUUUUUGGGCACACUAGCUGAUAAAGCAAGAGUUCCACUUUUGUCUUUUUCUUCAAUUCCAUCCCCCAAAGGUCAUCCCUUUUUUGUUCAAAUUUCAGAAGAUGAAAGCACUGAAUUCCUGGGUAUUGCAGCUUUUAUAGAGCACCGGAGGGGGAAGGUAAUACUCAUCUAUGAGGACACAGACGAGGGGAGAAGUUCUGUUUUGUUUCUUGGCGACACCCUCCAACACAUUAAUGCUAGGGUUAUUUAUAAGAGUGGCAUUUCUCCUCUGAGUAGAGAUCUUGAAGUCAUUGAAGAACUUGCCAAGAUAAUCAGAAUGAAGCCAUCAAUUUUCAUUGUGCACUUGUCACCUUCUCUGGCUUCUCUCCUUUUCCUAAAUGCAAACAGGUUAGGGAUGCUUAGUGAAGGGUAUGUUUGGAUACUAACCAGUAAGUCAAUGAAUUUCUUGUAUUCUUUAGAUGUUAAAGUGGUUGAGUCAAUGCAAGGACUUAUAGGAUUCAAAUCCUACAUUCCAGCUUCAAGUAAGCUUGAAAAUUUCACUUUGAGGUGGAGAAGGAAAUCAGGGGAGUUGAAUGUGAAUGGCAUAUGGGCAUAUGAUGCAAUUUGGGCUCUUUCUAUGGCUGUUGAAAAACUAGGGUCAAGAAAUGGCAUUCUUGAUGGAGAUUCAAUCCUUAAUGAGAUUUUAAGAUGUAGAUUUACAGGUUUAGGUGGUGAGUUUCAGCUUGUAAAUGGAAAAUUGAUGUCCAGGACAUAUGAAAUAAUGAAUGUGAUAGAAAAGGGGUUUAAAAGAGUUGGAUUUUGGACACUUGAUGAGGGGUUUAGUAAAAGAAUUGACCCAUUGUUUGUCGAAAGACAUGAGCUUUCUACCAUUAUAUCGCCCAGGCUAUCUAGUACUACUCGAAAUGGUUGGCCUAAUCAGAUCAAAACUGAUAAGCUAAGAAUUGGUAUUCCAGUGAAUCCAAGGUUCAAGCAAUUCACUAGAACAAUUGUUGAUCAUGAAACAGGUGCAGUAGAUGCAGGUGGCUUUUCACUAGAUGUCUUCAAUGAAGCCAUACAGCACAUAGAAUAUUCUGUACCAUAUCAAUUUGUCUCAUUCUUGGUUGAAAAUUCUAGCGGACGAACUGAUGGCAGUUACACUGAUAUUCUAAAACAGGUCGAGAUUGGGAAUUUUGACGCUGUUGUGGGCGAUACAACUAUUACAUCAGACAGAUCUUCACUAGUAGACUUCACUUUGCCUUACACUGAUCUCGGAGUGGGAACCGUAGUGCGACUGGAGAAACAAGGAAUGUGGUAUUUCUUAAAGCCAAUGGGUGCUGAUCUGUGGAUUGUGAUCACGAUUUUGUUUAUAUUUGUGGGUGCAACUGUUUGGCUUAUUGAGCAUAAGAAAAAUGAACAAUUUCAGGGCUCAAUAACUCAGCAAAUUGGAACAACUUUGUGGUUUGCAUUUUCAACUCUUGUUUAUGCUCACAGAGAAAAUCUGCAAAGUAAUUUGUCAAGAUUUGUGGUAAUUGUAUGGUUGUUCAUAGUCUUCAUAUUGACAUCAAGCUACACUGCAAGUUUAAGCUCAGUGUUCACAGUUCAGCAGAUUCAAUUAGCAAAGGGGGAUUACAUAGGUUACCAAACUGGUUCUCUUUCAUUCAGAUUUAUUGUAAACAACCUAAACUUUGAUGAUAAUAGGCUUAAACAUUAUAAUUCCCCUGAGGAGUACCAUGAAGCUUUAUCCAAGGGGAGUAAAAAUGGAGGUGUCGGUGCCAUAGUUGAUGAAAUUCCUUACCUCAAGGUCUUCCUUGCUAAGUAUCCAUCUCAGUAUGCAAUUAUUGGAUCUGCACCAAUUACGAAUGGUUUUGGUUUUGCUUUCCAAAAAGGUUCACCUUUAGUCCCUAAGCUGUCCACAGCAAUUGCCAAAAUGAGAGAAGAAGGGAGGCUCAAAUACUUGGAAGAAAAAUGGUUUACAAACAACUAUCAAUCAUCUUUCAUACCUGAGGCCACUGAGGAAUCUCAACUCAAGAUGCUAAACCUUGAUAAUCUCCGCGGCCUGUUUAUUGUGAGUGUGACCUCCAAGGCUAUUGCCCUUUCCAUAUUUCUGUUUUUUAUACUUCGCGAAAAAAUAUGCUUGAAAAACUUUAUUCUACGAAUCUUUUCUACACAAUUCAUGAGAAUUAUGAUAAUGAGAGACCUCUUUACUAAGAACACAAACAUGAUUCCUAAUGCCAAUGUGGAGAUGACUCAUGUAAAUCCACAUUGAUGCAGUUACUAUAUCUUAGUCUUCUGGAUCAUAUCUGUAGUUAUUGAAUUUUACUGUGUUUCUUUGUAGUUUCACUGAAGUUUGUUCAGAGUAUAUUUAUAUAUA